UGAUGGAUAUAUUAAAGCUGUAAUGCAUGCUUGUCCGAAAUGACUUCAUGUUGUGACUGUUUCAUCUCCAGAGACAAUUGUUUUCCAAAGACAAUGCUAAAUGUACUGGACAGUCUUCAGUUAUAUUUUAGAGUUAGUUAGGGGUUAUUGAUGAUGAUUAAUGAUGGCACUGUUCAAAUGCAGAUUUAAACAAACUUACAGGCUUAAAGCUCCAGCUUUUCUACGCAUAGGAACACAAGCACAAGUGAUUUUAAUUAUUUUCCUAAUUAGACCUCUCCUCAGGGUUGUGUUGCUACUGACUACACUUGGUUGUCAGCCCUCUCACUCCAUUGUGAGAUUUGUCGCACUUGUUACGGUGGGACAAUUUACAGCUUGAUAAUUCUUGUCCCAUUUGUCCAUUUUCAACCUGAGCAGAGGAUUAAUUAGAGUACCUGAGAACACCCGUGUGUGUAUGAAGGGCCUGUGUUUAUGAAAUUCAGUCACUUAUUUAUCUCUACAUAUGAUUUCAGGUAAGUCUGAUAUUUUUAGAACAUAAUGUGCUGAGGGAAUUAUUUGCAUGAUGUGAAAACUAUUCUGUAAUCAAUUCAUCAUUCAUUAUUUCAAGUUUUCACCUGUCAACUUCCCAGACCUCUACUGGUGACCAUUAAGAAUUACACUGUGCCCUAUACUUGACACCUUAUUCCCAUGAAUGCAACUUUAAUCCCUUUAAUUGCUUUACUCACAAGCCAAUGUUUUACUCAAAGUCCCUUUUAUUAACUGUUUUAUUCUGAAUAAAGCUGACAGUGUAGCAGCUUGUGCACCGUAAAUAUCUUUCUUGCUGUAAAAAUAGACUUGGACCUCAAGUUUCUGUUCAACUCAAUUGACAAAUGGAUGAUUUUUUAAAAUAUGUAAUCACCUUAAUGUAAAAGAAUAACGAAAUAUAUGUUAUCAAAAGCAGGAAGACUGAUGAGCCCCUGGAAAUAACUGUUUUUACACAUAUUGAAGUUAUGAAAUACAGGAAAAAUACAGUGACCAACUGUCACUUUGACCAAAUGUUUACUUAAAACCAGCGGGACAAGUGGGGUGGGUACUUCAAAUACUGUACCUGAAGUAGGCUACGAGGUAAAGUAGACAUGCUGAUUUCCGUUAUAUCUGACUUCUUGAAUCGCAGUAGAGGCAUGAUGACACUCUCUCGUAACGUUUCCUGUCAGCGGUGUACAGUCUUUUCUACUUUACUUGGCAACGCCUUCCGACGUCACCUAUACCGAAACUUGAAGGAAACUCACCUGGCUGGCUGUCAAGAGGGCGAGAGAGAUUAAAACAGGAAACUAAAGGCGUCGUCUGGAGAGAAACUUUUACUAACGAGCUGUCAAGUGUAACAAUGUGAACUCUCUGGCUGACCUGCUGUAACUAAGGAACUGCGGACUUUCUGAACCGCAGCUGGGUCGUACAUUAUUCCACGGAAAAGUGCGGUUUUAUUACAAGAAGUCAGCGCUGGAAGACAGUUCCGGGUUCAGCCCGUAGCCAGUGUGACCGUGACAACUCCCAUUCAGCACCGGGAGUUAGAAGCAAACCAGCAUGGACAUUGAGCUGCAGACAAUUACGACGAAUGGAAACGAUGGAGAUCAUGUAUCAAAGGACGGGGUGCCAGCAGGUAAUGGAAGUGGCCAGGCCUACAGUAUCCCUGAGGCAACAGAGGGAGAUGUGUUGCUUACUGAACAGCCUAGAAAUGGGGAGAUAAUGUCCUCUGGCCAUGCGGCAGAAACCCAAAGGAAUCAAGAGAAGAGCUCAGUGUGCAGGGUAAAGGAUGAGCUGAACGAGGUCGUCUUCUGGAGAGUCAGACUAUGGAUGGUCAUCAUCUUGGUUUUUCUCCUCAUCUUCGCCAUCAUCAUAAUUUCCCUGGCCUUGUGCUCAACGAUUUAUGAGGACGUGGAUGAGAAGUACGACGCUUCAUCGUUUAACGUUUCUCGAAGUUUCAACGGGAGCUUCAGACUGCCCAACCAGGUCUUCACAGAGGAGCUUCUCACCCUUUCCGUCAGUAAAAGCCAAGCUCUCGCCACAGACCUUCAAAAACAGUUGGCUGACCUCUACAGAUCCUCCCCUGCUCUGGGGCGCUACUUCUCCGAAGCUAAAAUAUAUGCUUUCAGGAAUGGUUCAGUCACUGCAGACUACCGGCUGACAUUUCUCAUGCCCGCAGAGAGGCAGGACGAGUUGAGGAACUUUACCCUGAGCAGGAAGAUGGUGUACAACGUGUUCAGACAGUUUCUAUAUGACCGGGAGACAGAUGAAUCAGAGCCCAUGUACAUUGAUCCAUUGUCCCUAAAAAUGUUUUGAAGAAAUGUUCACAAACUUACAAGAAAACUGGUGUAUCUUGCUUUGUCAUUUAGAGAGUAAGAAAGCAUAUAUGAAACCUCUGAAGGUUGGUGUUUGUAACUCAUGUGAGAUUUUCCCACGAGCAUAUGACACAUCUUUACCACAGGAAACUACAUAGUUCAUACAAACUACAUAGUCAUGCAAAGGCGUCAUGACUUCAGUCAUAUGGAUGAGCUCAUUUUGAAUAAUAUUCUUUAAGACUUCUCUCGAUGUAAAAUCUACAUCCUACUGUCAAACCGAGUAGUUUAUCUGACCAGACAAUGCCAACAAAGAUCAGUGCUUUCUUGAGUAUAUAUAAUAUAGUAUUUCAUACUGUACUUCAGAUUUCAUUAUGUGUUUUUGUAUAACUCCAAGUAUAUCAACUGAAAGGGUAUUUUUUUUUAUAAAUGUCUGUGCUGUAAUUAUUUAUAUUCAUUCCUUGACUAUCACUGUCAUGAGAACAUGAGAAAAGCCUGUAAAAGUGUUUUUAAUGGAAAUACAAGUGUUUAUAUUUGCAUAUCUAUCCCAUUAUUCUGCAUCACCAAGACAUCAUUUGCAAAUGAAAAAAGUGGAACACUCUGAAACAUUUUCCUAGAGAGAAAACAGGAAGGAAAGUCAGCUUCAGAGAUCUGUGUAGGGAAAUUAGCUGUCUGCAGCAUGUUGUAAAUCAAGGCAAUGCAUGCCCAUAUAAAACUAUAUAUUCUGCACACAAAAAAAUCAUACUUUGUAUAUUAUACCACCAAAUGCACAGAAUUUUGUACAUUUCUCAUUGAGGUUUUGUUUGACAUGUACACAAGGGCUCAUGUUUUGCCCUUUAACCUGCUGUAACAUGUUUUUAACAUUCUCUGUGGUUGAACAGUAGAGGGAGUGCAUGUUCCUCAUACACGAGAACAGUCACUUCUACUUUUGUUUUCUUUCUGUCUUGUGCUUGUCUGAUAUUGAGAAUUUACAUUGAUAUUUUCUCUUAAGUAGUAUAUUGUACAGGAAGGAAAGUCAGCUUUAGGGAACUGUAUGGGAAAAUUAGCUGUCUGCAGGAGUCAAGUCAGGGCAAUGCAUGUCCAUAUAAAGCUAUAUAUUCUGAACACACAAACCUCAUACUUUGUAGAGUAUACCACUAAAUAAACAACAUUUUGUACAUUU